AUGUUCCUGCUCGGCCACUGGAACGGUUGUCUGCAGUUCCUCGUGCCCAUGUUGCAAGAUUUCCCCCAAGAUUGCUGGGUGUCCAUUGAAGAAUUGCAGGAAGCCCAUUGGGCAGAGCAAUAUACAUGGGCUCUGUUCAAAGCUUUGUCACACAUGCUGUGUAUCGGUUAUGGCCGGUUCCCACCUCAAAAUAUGACAGACACCUGGCUAACCAUACUCAGUAUGUUGAGUGGUGCUACUUGUUAUGCACUAUUCUUAGGUCAUACAACCACACUUAUACAGUCAUUUGACACGUCAAGGCGACUCUAUAAUGAAAAGUUUAAGCAAGUUGAAGAAUACAUGGUAUGCCGGAAACUCCCACGAACUCUUCGUCAGCGAAUCUCUGACUAUUAUGAACACCGCUUCCAAGGCAAGAUGUUCGAUGAAGACACCAUUCUUGGAGAGUUGAAUGAAUGUCUGCGGCAGGAAGUGAUAAAUCACAACUGCCGAUCCUUGGUUGCAUCUGUUCCAUUCUUCACAAAUGCAGAUCCACAGUUUGUUUCAGAAGUAGUCAGUAAGCUUAAAUACGAAGUGUUUCAGCCUGGUGACUAUAUUAUACGAGAAGGGACCAUAGGUACCAAAAUGUAUUUUAUUCAGGAAGGAAUAGUUGAUAUAAUUACCAAGGAGGGAGAGGUGGCUACUAGUCUUUCAGAUGGCUCCUAUUUUGGAGAGAUUUGUCUUCUAACGAAUGCCAAACGAGUGGCCAGCGUUCGUUCUGAAACCUAUGUGAAUUUAUAUUCCCUCUCUGUGGAACACUUCAAUGCUGUCCUUGAUAACUACCCGGUGAUGCGGCGCACAAUGGAAAGUGUAGCUGCAGAGAGACUGUCAAAGAUUGGUAAGAACCCGAGCAUUGUCAGCAGCCGUGCAGAUUUGGAGGAGGACCAAAAGUUAGUCAAUGAGAUUGUCAUGGAGUCUACCCCCAUUCCCACCAGUGCGAGUGAAGAUGAGGACCGAGAGUCUGAUGACAGUUAUGAAACGAAACCGAAAAAAAAAUUUAAUGCUUGUAGUAUAAUUGUUACUUACGUUGUUGCUGCUACUACUACUACUACUACGGCUAACAUCUCAUAA